AUGAGCAGCUGCCGCGUCCUGGUGGGCUUCGCCUCCGAGAGCGCGCUUCCACAUCCGACGACCAUCCCCCUCAUCUGUCGGCGCCUGUACGGACACUCUCUCUUCCUCAUCUUCAAAGAUAUCCUCUUGUGGCUAACGUACCCCUGCUCGUACUCAGCCCGUCGGCCCCAAGCUCGCCCAUUUCGCACCUCCUACACCGUCAGAAGCAGUAGCAGUGACAAUGGCAACAGAAAGACACCUCCUCAGGCCCCCCGAACCUUCCAAUUGGCCCCUCCCCAACCUCCUUCCGUCCACCCACACAGCUCGCACCUAGCCCUCUCCGAGCAGUUUCGCGCGCUGAUGCGCCUGCUUACACACCCAGUUGUCGUCCUCACGUCCACCUCUCCUCCCAGCGACAGCCACCAGAACAAAUCCAUCCCGCGCGCUAUGACUAUGUCCUCCUUGACCUCGCUCACCCUAAAGCCGACACCGGUCGUGUCUUUCAACAUCGCAGUUCCGAGUCUCACGCUGGACGCCGUAUCGGCUAGCCGACGGUUCAAUGUGCAUGUGCUCGCUGAUGAUGCCGACGGCGCACGGAUUGCGGACUGGCUGGCGGGAGGAAACUUCAAUCGUGGGGAGAAGGAAGUUUGGGAGGGACUCAUGAAGGAUGGAUCUUGUGAAGUUGAGUUCCAAGAUGACCAGCCGCCAAUUUUACGUGCAAAUGGGGUCUUGUAUGUGCUAAGAUGCCGCCUCCUGGACGAUGCACCUGCGAAUGGGCUGGUCAAGGUCCGAGAUCAUGUUAUUGUGUUGGGGAAGGUCGAGGAAAUCGUCAAGGGGAUAGGGGCUGAGAGAGGACAAGGGGAGAGACUCUACUCUAUUUACCGGGUCUUCUACUAUGACUUCGACAUUGGUAAUGACGUUGACUUGGGAUAG